AAUCAUAGCAAUCGCGAGACUCCAUUGCCCUACAUUUCGAAGUACGGAAGAAUUAGCAAGAAAUUACAAUGGCAAUAAUAACAUCUCACAUUUUGGUGCUUUACUUCUUAUUAUAGUACCAACAUGUAAUUCGAUAAAUAUUUAUAGACACAACAUAAUCCGAAAGGUUGCUAAAUAUAUUUGGAGAAAUUUUAGCCCUUAUCAAAAAGGUUUCUUCACUAAUCUUGCUAAUAGAAUUAAUAGAUACCUAACCAGGCAGCGUGGUGGUCAAACUACUGAUUAUUCAAAACAAGAAGCUGUUAAUGAUUUUUUUUAUGGUUAUGAUUUUCAUUAG